AAACCCUGCGAAUAACGCGAGCGUCUGGAAGUUGCUGAUGUGGUGUAAACAAACAGACGUUUUGACAUUCAAACCGACUGGUUUGAAAUGAUGUUUCGUUGCAAGGUUCCUGAGUAGUCUGACCAGAUAAAGGGGACCAAGCUUUUUAACUCGCCUAUUGCCACUGUCAUUUCAGUAACGAAGCUUCUUAACCAAAAAAUGUUUCAUUCGUUGAAUGUCUAAGACGUUUCCAAUUGGAGUGAGGUUUCUCUCUUUGUAAACCAGCAUGUAUCAUGAGGCUACGUACUCGUGGCCUCGUCAAAAGCAAGACAUGAAGCAUAAAAACAAAUAUCUAUCAAUCGGCUGUAUUGUCCUUGUUGUGGUUGUUUGGUUAUGGCUGGGAACACCAAGUACCGCCCCAACCCAUGCCGAUAUUGUUCCUAAAUUUCCAAAGGUUGAUCCUGAAUUCCAAAAUGAUGCUAUCAGGCAACGCAUUUCGGAAUUGGAAAGUGAGGUUCAAUACCUAAAGGCUACUGCAGCAACAUGCCGAGUGCACAAAAAUCAACUAGAUCCAGAUGUACCAGUAAUAUAUGCUAUAACUCCAACUUACGCUAGACCUGUUCAAAAGGCAGAGCUUACAAGGCUGUCUCACACGCUGAUGCUGGUUCCAAACUUACAUUGGAUCAUAGUUGAAGAUGCAGAUGAUAAAACAAUGCUAGUUGCAAAUUUGCUCAGAAAAUCAGAUAUUCCACAUACUCAUCUUGUUGCUCCAACUCCAAAGGAGUGGAAAAGAAAAGAGAAAGAGCCAAAUUGGAAAAAGCCUCGGGGUGUCUUACAAAGAAACAAAGCUCUUGAAUGGCUUCGCAAUGAACUGAGCUAUGAUGUUACUACUGAUCAAGGUGUCAUUUACUUUGCUGAUGAUGACAAUGCGUACAGUUUGGAAAUAUUUGAAGAGAUGAGAAAAAUUAAGAAAGUUGGUGUCUGGCCUGUUGGAUUAGUAGGUGGUUUGAUGGUGGAGAAACCACUGCUGAAUCAAACUACUCAUAAAGUUGCUGGGUUUAACAGUGGCUGGCGGCCUGAAAGACCAUUUCCCAUUGACAUGGCGGGAUUUGCUAUUAAUUUAGGAUUACUCUUGGAUCACCCAGAAGCCAAGUUCUCCUUGACUGUUGAAGGUGGUUAUCAAGAGAGUGAAAUAUUGCGCAAUCUGGUCACACGAGAAGAACUUGAACCCUUGGCUGAAUACUGUACAAAGGUAUAUGUUUGGCAUACAAGGACGGAAGCACCAAAACUCUCUGGUGAAAUGCAGCUUCGUAAGAAGAACAUGCGAUCUGAUCAAGAUAUGGAGGUUUGAACCACAUUUUUAAAAAAAUUUAGUGUAAUUCAUUAAGACUUGAGGAAGGCCAUUACUGCCAGCUCAGUGAGACCUAAUGUAUAGUAGGAAGCCAUAAAGAAGAACAACUAUCCAAGAUUCAUUGGGCCGCGUCUUUCACAAAUGCUAAGUGAUAAUGUCAAUUAUUUCACAACAAAUGGCAAGAAAUGUCCAGGAAGUAAAAAAAGUCAAGUAAGGUUGUGACAGCUUAAUUGUUCUCUCUAUGUACUUCAAAAGUAUUGAUGAAUGAGGCUUUAUUUUGGUUGUUCCUUAGUUGUAGCCUUGCUCAUUUUAACUUAUUUUUUGUGAUCAACUUUUGUUAGUUUAUAUUCAAUUAUUUUGUCAUUGAAUGACAUUUCAAAACGAUUAUGGUGCCAACAUCACAUAGUGCAAACUGUAGAAAUUUUAAUUAUUGUUGUAUUGUCCCUCUUUGUAGUGUUUUAUUUAUUUGUUACUUUUUAUAAAUUUUCCUUGACAGAUGUAUUAUUAUUUCAGUAUUUUAUGGAAUCUCGUUCUAUCGUCAGACAAGUAGGCAUUCAUUAUUUUCCUACCAUUUGAGUACUUUUUAACUUAAGAAUAAAUGAGUCUUCUCUUCUGAGAGCAAUUUGUUACAUAAUAAAAUUCUCUUUGUCUUUGGA